UAAUGUAAUAAAUAAAAACCUUCGAAUGAGAAGGUGUGUCCAAACUUUUGACUGGUACUGUAUGUCAUGGGAAUUCAGCCAUUACUUUCUUAGAUACCUUUGGGUAAUAGCCGAUUGAUUAACAUAAGCCAGCAUAUUGUAUAGACCCAGAGUUUAACGCCCAGAGAGACAGAAGCUGAUCCUGGCUGCGGUCCUGCACAGGAGCGGCCCCGCAGUGCGGUGGAUCAGACCAGCUUUGGGGAGCGAGAGGGGGGCCGAACACGGAUGAGUGUGGAGGAGCAGUUGGAGAGAAUGAGGAGGAACCAGGAGGCCUCGUCACUCCGUGAGAAGAAGAGAGAGACCCCGUCCCGCUCGCCCUCCUUCAGCAAAGACAACCCUGCUAUUAUCCAGCAGGGUCGGGGGCAGAUGGAGGGGGCCUGUGCAGACCCUGUGCAGCUGGAGGCGGCGUUGCAGCAGCUGAAGGUGGAGACCAUGGAGCAGAGCAGGACACACCCUUCACCAGAGGAGGUGCAGGGAGUUGAGGAGUGUGAGGAGGUGCAGCAGGACGGGGAGGGGCCCCUGCAGGGGGAGGAGGAGCUGCAGGAUGAGCUGUGUGUGAGUCAGAGGGUGGUGAUAGUGGACCUGUGUGCGAAGCCUCAGCGUGUUGAGAUUGUAAAUCCUUUUGAGGAUGAUGAAAGCAGAGAGCAAGAUCUGACCAGCUCGCCAACAAACACCACUACUGAAAACAGGUAUUACUUAGAAGAUACACAGAUGCUGAGGACAUGA